AUGGAAUCCACGAGCGGCAACUGCAUCCAGACACCAUCACGGCCGCUCCGGGGCCUCGAGAUACGACUCUACGUUUCGCAUUUCUUGACGACAUGGAACUCCCGCCUCUUCGAGUUUGCAGCGGUCCUCUUCCUCGCCUCGACCUUCCCGCAGACUCUGCUCCCCAUGUCCGUCUACGCCCUGGCCCGCAGCGCUGCCACAGUCAUCUUCGCGCAAGCUCUUGGCACCGCAAUCGACAAGAUGAACCGCCUUGCCGUCGUUCAGACCUCCAUCAUCGGCCAACGUCUCGCUACAGCAGCUAGUUGCGGCGUCUUUUGGGCGCUUGAACAGCAAGGCGCACAGAUGCAGAGCCACCUCAAAAGCGGACUGUUCGGCUUGGUCGUCGCCCUUGCCUGUGCAGAGAAACUGUGCUCAGUAUUGAAUCUAGUUUCAAUCGAGAGAGACUGGGUCGUUGUCAUAACCGAGGGUAACGAGGAAGCUCGCCGAGUCAUAAAUGCUCGGAUCCGUCGCAUUGACCUCUUUUGCAAGCUGGUUGGUCCGCUCAGCAUCUCAUUCGUCAUGAUCUCAUCGACCAUGACCGCCAUUUGGACGACACUGGCGAUGAACGUCUGUUCAGUGAUCAUUGAAUGCGUAUGCAUAUCGAGGGUAUAUCAGGCCGUUCCCUCCUUAUGGCGGCAAACGACAGCAGUGGAGCUGCCGGAGAACCAGACUAGUCGACGACACGAAUCUGGCUUGGUCUUGUCGCGACUACGAGUUAUAGCACAUCAAGUCAUCCCAGUGACCUCGCUCCCUUUCUACUUCCGACAUCCCGCUUUCCUACCGUCCUUUGCGCUCUCUCUACUCUACUUCACCGUCCUCUCCUUCACUGGCCAAAUGAUCACGUACCUCAUUUCCGUUGGAUAUAGCUCAGUCCACAUCGGCGUAGCUCGCGCGGUCAGCACUGUGUUCGAGCUUACCGCUACGUGGAUUGCACCCCGAAUGAUGAAUAGGAUCGGGAUCAUCCGUGGCGGCAUCUGGAGCCUGUCCUGGCAAAUGCUCUGGCUCGCCGCCGCAAUGAGCUUGUUCUUCGUCGAUUUUCAGGGCCAAGGCACGGGCAGUCUCUUUUCUGCAACCGGACUUGCUGUGGGCGUUGCACUCAGCCGCGUCGGGCUCUGGGGGUAUGACCUCUGUGCUCAGAAUAUCAUACAAGAUGAAGUUGAAAGCGAGUAUCGCGGCGUCUUCUCCACGGUAGAAGUGUCGUUCCAGAACUUAUUCGAGAUGUUAUCGUAUGCGACGACAAUCAUUUUUUCUAGACCGGAUCAGUUUCGGUGGCCUGUUGUCAUCAGUGUCAUCUCAGUGUACACUGCUGGGGGACUUUACGCAGCGUUUGUCCGUAAGAGACGUGGGCAUCUCUUUCAUGCUCCUCCAUGUAUGCCGAAGGGGGAGGUUGCACCAUUACAAGCGACGAUACCAUGA